AUGGGUUACAUGAAUUUCGGUCCACGAAUUUUUUCUCGUUUUUCGGGCGGUCUCUACAAACCGGUCUCAGUAGACACGUCCGUACUGGGUCGCGGACGUUUAUCAAAUGCAAUAGCCAAAUCGUAUUUUGAAAUUAUAAAAGAAGUAGUGUUGCAAAAGAAAACGCGACCCCGACCAGCUGAUUUUGUUACAAAGGUUUAUCAAAGUACUGUAGCACGUUUCAAGGCUGGACAGUUCGGUGUAACACAAUCAGCUCAACCGAGAAAGCCUUUAGAUGUACUUAUACCCGAAACAUGGAGACAACGUGGUAGAAAAUUACAUACAAGAGGCAUUUAUUUCAGGAGGAUAAAAAGAAGUCAAAUCACAAUCAGAAAAACCUCUAAUCGGCCACGAUCUACUACUAGUGCAUCCGAUGCAUCUCCUCUUCGGGCAACUUCAACAGAUUCUCAAUCAGUUGAUUCUUUGGAUAUAUCGUAUGAUGCUGAAUCAGUCAUUAAUGCAAAGACAAAGAGGAGUAGCACAUCCGUGGAUGACAUUCAAUCACAGUCAACUGUACCAUCAAAUCCUCAUGAAGAUCUAGCGGAUGAUUUACAGCUGGUCGAUCGAUCAAUAGAUCAACGUAUAUUAUCAACUGUUUCAGUAAAUACAAUUGAUAAUACUAACCCGAGAACUUCACGGGUUCGGACAGCUAUUAGAAAUUCAUCUUCUAAAGAAAAUAAUCAAGCAGAAAACCAAAUACGGGGUCCUCGUUCAGCAACAACGAUGCAUAUUACUACACGUUUGAAACAUAAACGUCAAAAAUUUAAAUCGCCGAGUAAAACACCGUUACAAUAUCCUAUGAAAAUAACUUCAUUACUUGGUCCAGCUUUACACUAG